AUGGCGGACCACACACUCUGGUACACAACCCCGGCCAACCUGUGGGAAGAUGGCCUCCCAAUCGGCAAUGGACGUUUGGGUGCAAUGGUUCGGGGCACCACAAAUGUCGAGCGCCUCUGGCUCAACGAAGAUUCAGUUUGGUACGGCGGGCCACAAGAGCGUGUCAAUCCGGGUGCAUUGAAGAACUUGGAUCGGGUGCGAGACCUCAUUAACCAGCGACGUAUUUCAGAAGCGGAGAACCUCAUGUCCAGGACUUUCACUGCAAUGCCGGAAUGCAUGAGACAUUACGAACCUUUGGGCGAUUUGAUGCUGUAUUUUGGGCAUGGUGUGGAUCCACCAGGCCAUCAUCAGCAUGUGGUCGGCAUUCCACAGUUUGAAAAUCAGAAGUGGUCUGGUGGUGGGGGGAAGGAGGUGACGGGAUAUAAGAGGGAGUUGGAUUUAAGGACUGGAGUGGUCAGCGUGGAAUAUGAAUGUGAUGAUCAGGCCAUGACAUUUAUGUUAACGUUAAGUCGUGGAGAUGACAACGAUGCCCAUCGAAAAUUCGACAGGACCUUCGAUUCCUUGACAAACACCGAAGAUGGUCUAUUGCUACAAGGCGCCAUGGGUGGCAAAGGCGCAGUCGAGCUCGCAAUCGGAGUCAAGAUCCUAGGAGACAAGAACACGAAAAUUGACGCCUGCGGCCUCUGGAACCGCGACGAAAAACCCGUCUGGGGCUCAAAGUACACCGCCAACAUCAACGUCCAAAUGAACUACUGGCCCGCAGAAAUCACCAACCUCUCCGAAUGCCACGAAGUGCUCUUCACCUUCCUAAAACGUUUGGCCGCAAGAGGAAAGAAAACCGCGAAGGAGAUGUAUGGGAUUGACAGAGGUUGGGUGAGUCAUCAUAACACUGAUAUCUGGGCCGAUCCCACGCCUCAGGAUCGGAGUAUAUGCGCGACGUAUUGGAAUUUGAGUGGGGCGUGGUUGGUGGUGGGACAUAUUUGGGAACGGUAUCUGUUCAGUCGAGACGAGGGGUUUUUGCGGGAGAAUUGGGACAUCAUGAAAGGUUCUGCGGAAUUUUUCGUCGAGUUUUUGGUCGAGGAUGGCGGGAAGAAGGAUGGGAAAUUGGUGACGAGUCCCAGCGUUUCCGCCGAAAAUUCUUAUUUCUAUGUUGAUGGCGAGGGGAAGAGGCAAGUGGGGAGUGUAUGUGCCGGACCGACGUGGGAUUCGCAGAUUUUGAGGGAAUUGUUUGGGGCGUGUGUGCAGGCGGGGAGGAUUUUGGGGGAGGAGACGGGGGAGUUUGAAGGCGUUUUGGGGAGGUUGCCACAAGACGAGAUUGGGAUGUUUGGACAGAUUAUGGAGUGGAGGGAGGAUUUUGAAGAGGUCGAGCCGGGACAUCGACAUGUUUCGCAUCUUUGGGGAUUGUUUCCGGGGACGUCGAUUCAGGCCAAGGAAAUGAAAGAUGCGGCGAGAGUUACGUUGAAACGAAGGCUUGAGGCGGGAGGGGGACAUACGAGUUGGAGUUUGGCUUGGAUUCAGUGUUUGUGUGCGAGGUUGAGGGAUGAAGAGUUGGCGCAGGAGAUGGUGGGGAAGAUGAGUGGUGCGGUGUUGGAGAAUUUAUUUGCGAAUCAUCCUCCGUUUCAAAUUGAUGGGAACUUUGGCUAUACGGCUGCUGUGGCGGAGAUGCUUUUGCAGAGUCAUGAAGGGCCUAUUGAUCUGUUGCCGUGUCUUCUUGCCGAUUGGGCGGAGGGAGGGAGUGUUAAGGGACUCAGGGCGAGGGGGAAUGUUGUGGUUGAUAUCUCUUGGAAAGAUGGGAAGCUGGUGCAUGCGACGUUGUCGUCGACUACUAAGCAGACGCGAGUAUGUCGUAUCAAUCCAAAUCGAUUGAUUAGUGGGAAGGGAGAGGUGGAGGUGGAGAUUGGACCGGGUGUGGCGUGCGAAUUGAAUGGUGUUUGGGAAUAG